CACACUCCACUUCAGUCGGGGGCGGUAUUGCACCAAUUUCCUUGUUUGCCAAUUGCCAAAAAACAACGAAGAAGAAUCCUGGUUGGCCUCAGCUAGAAAACUGCUGCAUUGUCCCAUUCCAGCUAAUAUUUCAGUAACAAUGUCUUCAGUUCAGCAUCUCAGAGAGUUUAUCAGAGAGAGACUAACUGCUGCUGCUCAAGAAAUCUUCACCGAGGUUGAAAAAACCAUCAUUUGCUACGAGGAAGAGCUCGAUGCUCAGCGCAGAAUGAUGGGGAUCAACUGGAAACCAGAAAUUAAGCUACACAGAAUCGGUUCGGAGCUGCAGAGGCAAAGUUCUGACCUCCAACAGCCAAGUGUCUCCAAUGAGGAAGAAGCUUCUGCCAUCCAACAAGCCUUUAGCCUGGCAAGUAGGUCCAGUCAGGACCAGAAAGACGUAGAAGGUCAGUGGACUGUAGAUGAACAGAUGGAACCAGAACCAAAAUGGAUGAAAGAAGAAGAGGAUGAACUAGAAACUACACUGCUCAAACAUGAGAAAAUAGAAUACGCACUAACAUAUGUAAAAAAAGAGGAACUAGAUUCUUCAGUGCUUCAGCAUGAACAGCAGCCACCAGAACUUUUACCAACUGGACAGAACCAGAAGAAUUUCUGCAGCAGUCAGGAGGGAGAGCAGCUUGUCCAGAAGCAGUUUGCUGCUUUGAUUGAGACUUCUACUCUUCAGGAAGAUGAUAUGAAUGAAGAAGAGAGAAGAACAGAGCAGCUUUCCCUUCAUAUCUAUCCAGUGGUUGAGAGCAAAGAUCAGGAAGGAAGCAGCUCCUCUGUGUCAGAGAGUCAGGCUGGUACCAGUGCAAAGAAAAAGUCUUUCAAAUGUAACAUUUGUGGGAGAAGUUACCCACAACAGUGGAAGUUGAAAAACCAUUACAGAACUCACACUGGUGAGAGACCUUUUUCAUGCCAGUCAUGUGGAAAAAGUUUUUCUAGAAUUAGUCAUUUAAAUGCCCACAAGAAAAUUCAUACCGGUGAGAGACCUUUUUCAUGCCAGUCAUGUGGAAAAAGUUUCUCUCGAAUUAGUGAUUUAAAUCGUCACAAGAAAACUCAUACAGGGGAGAGACCUUUUUCGUGUCAGUCAUGUGGAAAGAAUUUCUCUCGUCUUGGUCACUUAGAACGUCACAACAAAAGUCAUACAGGGGAGAGACCUUUUUCGUGUUGCAGUGCCUCCGACUGGAAGAACGUGAGGAGAGUGGUGCGGACAGCAGAGAGGAUCAUCGGGACCCCCUACCCUCCAUUCAGGACAUUUCAUCCCAGCGCUGCGUGUCCCGAGGCCGAAACAUCGUCAGUGACUCCUCACACCGCCACCUCUUUUCCAGAGGGCAACAGCUCCCUGUUGCCCUCUGGAAAGAGGUUCCGCAGCAUCCGGUGCAGGUCCACCAGGUUCAGAAACGGCUUCAGGUCCACCAGGUACAAGUCGUGA